UAGCUACAAGUCUWACUCUUCAACCUUCAAGAUGAACAACUUUGAAUCGUUUGGAACGCAAGCGAAUUGGCCAGAUGGAACGGCUCUUGCAGACGAUAGAAUUAUUGACACUGGCAAAAACUACAUAUGCGAGCUCAACCAGGGGAUGCAAAACACGGUUUUAGUCGGUUUGGUGAUAUCAAAGCAAGAUAAGCGUACUUUUGAAGACAAGAAAAAUCCUGGCGCAACAAGGUCCCACUUUCACUUUACAUUGAGGGACAGUCCAACUGAUUUCAUUAACGUGAACUGUUGGGGGUCUGAUGAUUACAUCAACAAUUUGUCUAACACCUUUAAGAUAAAUGAUGUUGUCGAAGUCAGAAAUCCACUAGUGCAGAUAAAGCGGAACACUGAAUCAGAAGAAAAAUGGAGUCCUUGGACCCCAAGUGAAUAUCAACUCAGUAUCAAUGAGAACCAUUCAACAGUUUGCAUGUACAGUGGAUGGGAUGCAAGUGAUUUUGAUGUCAUAUCUCAUGUUCCCAUAAAAGCCAGCAAUGAUUUUUACACAUUAAGUGACAUUAUUGCAAAUGGUAGAGAUCUCCAUGGUGAACACAUAAAUAUAAUGGCUUCUGUUAGAAGUGUUGGAAGACCAAGGGAUAUCCUAACAAAAAAAGGCAAACAAGUCAGACGAUGUGAAGUAAAACUCUUUGAUGACACAUGCCACUCAUUCCCAUUGGUGAUAUGGGACUCAGAAUUAAUAGAGCUGGCACAAACCUGGAUUCCUAAAGAYAACAUCUUAUUUCUAGCUGAUGUCAAAGUAACAUUUGAUGACUUCAGAAAAGCUAUGGUUGCAACUUGUGACACAAAGACUAUAAUAACAGCCAAUCCAGAUACAAGAGAAGCUCAACAGCUCUUCACCUUCACUCAGUCAGCUGAGAUUCUUGAUGAUGAUGCUGAAGGAUUUGGAGAUCCAAAUUUUGAAUUAAAUGCCAUUCAAGAUGUCUAUACUGUGAAACAAGUGAAGGAGCUUCUUGCAGGACAAGAUUCUGAGACUCUCCAACAAGAAUGUAUGGGGAUUAUGUAUGGAUUCCUUACUCACUUUGAUCUGGAUAAUGAGUCUGGAUCCUUUAUUGUUACAAGAUGUGCCUCAUGUGGUCAGAGGAUAGAUGGGACAACUGGAGCGUGCCUAAAUCCCAAUUGCUCUGAAGUAAACAAUUGCAAUCAAAAAGUUUUAACCAACUUUGAAAUCCUAUCUGCCUUUUCUGAUCACACUGGAACAGUGGAAUGUCGUAUGAAGGGAAAAAUUGUGGAAGACUUGCUAGAAUGCUUGGCAACUGAUUUCCUUGAAUAUUCACAACAACAAGCCACAGAGUCUAAAAUAAAGUUUCUUUUAGAAAGAUGCAAGGUUUAUUUCAAGAUCGUCAUCUCUGGRAAACGAUGGCUGAGAGUUCUUUCAUGUUCUCUUGCUGAUCCCCAAGAAACUGCUAAUGCCUUAMAAAAAUUYCUUAUUCAGUAGCCGAUAUAAUUAUCUAUACAUUGAAUUUUAUAGAUUUUCGGCGACGUAUUAUAAAACAUGUCAUUUGGCUGUUUGAAACAUUAAUUGUUACAUUGUUGAACAUUUUGAGAAAGGGCUGAACAUCUAAUAAAACACUGUGAUAAGAAAAGUGAUAUUCCAUGAGGUUUCCGUAGGCGUUAGUUAGUGUAUCAUUCCACCUUUGGUUGUUUCAUUCUGGAACGCAUUCUGGAACGAGUUUUUAUACUUUGUUUSAUCCGUACACACUGGAUUAACUUCUACAUUAGAAUAUGUAUUGUGAUGAAAAUUAUUACAAUGUUUAGAGAACAAAGAUAUAUAAGCCCUUCUCGUUUAGGUUAUUUAAAUCAUUUGCUUGUUCAAGGGGCUUUGGAAAUCUAAAAUCUAAUAAAAUCAAUGACAUUUUUGUAAUUUAGUUCAAAAAUAAUUGCCUUUUAAGGUAAUCCUUGUUUAGAAGAGCGUAUAGGAAGUUUCUUUUUCUUUCCCUUUUCUACCUCG